AUGUCCUGGAAACGAGAAGACUUGGGGUCGGGGGGGGGGGCGGGGUGGGGGGGGGUGGGGGGGGGGGGGGGGGGGGGGGGGGGGGGGGGGGGGGGGGGGGGGGGGGGGGGGGGGGGGGGGGGGGGGGGGGUGGGGGGGGGGGGGGGCGGGGGGCGGGGGGGGGUGCUUAGAUCCUCUACGAGCUCGUCCAUGUGGGGGGGGAGGGGGGGGGGGGGGGGGGGGGGGGGGCGGGGGGGGGGGGGGGUUGUCUAUAGUGAUGAUAUCAUCGUCUUCCCCGAGACAGAGCACGAACAUAGUAUCCGACUUGCUGCUGUACCACAAAGACUGGAAGAAGCUGGUAUAAAACUCAGUCACAAGAAUUCAUAG